AAAGUGAAAACAACAACCACAACAGAGGAAAAGGUAGAGAGAGAAUUUAUUUUAGAGAGAGAAUGGGUGGCGGAGGUGGAGAAGAGGUGACGACACUGGAGUUCACUCCGACGUGGGUGGUUGCCGGGGUUUGCACUGUCAUCGUCGCCAUUUCCCUCGCUGCUGAGCGUCUCCUCCAUUAUGGUGGUAAGUUUCUCAAAACCAGGGACCAGAAACCGCUCUAUGAAGCUGUCCAGAAGAUCAAAGAAGAACUCAUGCUUCUGGGUUUCAUUUCUCUGCUUCUCACCGUUUCCCAGAAUGCUCUCACCAAAAUCUGCGUCCCUCCUGGAUUUACACGCCACAUGCUUCCUUGUAGUCUACAACUCAAGGACAAACAUACUGCUGAACCUCAACAUGAACCCUCUUCCCAUUUUGGAUUCCCAAGGCGUCUUCUCGCCGAGGCUCUUGAGGCUCACCCUGAAAUCCCUUUCUGCGCUCACAAGAACAAGGUGCCUUUAUUAUCUGUCGAAGCACUGCAUCACCUGCACAUCUUUAUAUUUGUCAUGGCUAUUGUCCAUGUCGCUUUCUCUGUUCUCACUGUUGUUUUUGGAAGUGCAAGAAUACGUCAGUGGAAACACUGGGAAGAUGCAGUUGCAAAAGAGAACUAUGAGCCUAACAAAGUUCUGAAAGCCAAGGUGACUCAUGUUCAUCAGCACGACUUUAUCAAGGGUCGCUUUUCAGGGUUCGGCAAAGACUCUGUUAUUGUUUGUUGGUUGCAAUCCUUUUUCAAGCAAUUCUACGGAUCUGUGACAAAAUCAGAGUAUGUAACGUUACGGCUUGGUUUCACUAUGACCCACUGCCAGUCAAAUCCAAAGUUUAAUUUUCACAAAUACAUGAUUCGUGCCCUUGAAGAUGAUUUCAAGCAAGUUGUUGGCAUAAGUUGGUAUCUUUGGCUCUUUGUGGUCAUCUUCUUGUUGCUUAAUAUCAAUGGUUGGCAUACAUAUUUCUGGAUUGCUUUCAUUCCGGUUAUUCUUUUACUUGCUGUGGGCACGAAGCUGGAGCAUGUAAUAACCCAACUAGCUCAUGAAGUAGCUGAAAAGCAUGCAGCCGUAGAAGGUGAUUUAGUUGUUCAACCAUCAGAUGAUCUCUUUUGGUUUCAUCGGCCCCACAUUGUCCUCUUCUUGAUUCACUUUAUCCUUUUCCAAAAUGCUUUUGAGAUAGCAUUUUUUUUCUGGAUAUGGGUUACAUAUGGAUUUGACUCCUGUAUAAUGGGACAAAUUCGUUACAUUGUUCCAAGGCUCGUUAUUGGGGUAUUUAUUCAGGUACUAUGUAGCUACAGCACCCUACCGCUGUAUGCAAUUGUUACACAGAUGGGAUCUCACUUUAAGAGGGCAAUAUUUAAUGAGCAUGUGCAAGAGGGCAUUGUUGGUUGGGCACAAAAGGCAAAGAAGAAGAAAGCACUAAAAGCUGAUAGCCAGCAUUCCGGUCAAGGAAGCUCUCAAGGGAAUUCUAAUGCAGGAAUUCAGCUUGGGUCAAUUUUCCCGAAGAGAGCAGCGGCGCCGCCACCAGAAGCCAACACUUCUGUCCCCAAAGCAGACGGUUCCAACUGAGUGUGCCUUUCUAGAUGAAGAUAAACGUAAUAGGGGGAAGUUAUAUGCUUUGUGAUAAUCUUAUAUUUUGUAAAGUUGCGUAAUAGUAACACAGCAGUUUUCGUUAUCUUAUUUUCAUUGCUAACGUAGUAGAAGGAAAUAUUGGCUUGAUAAAUUCCUAAUAUAUGUUACACCCUCUUACUAAA